AUGCAUGCUACCCUCCCAUGGACAAGGCAGAGAGCAAAUGGAGCAGAGGGAGGCCUGGGCACCAGACCUUCCCCUGGCCACAUCUUGGCAGGAUUGGGUCAAGAGCACCAUCCUGGGGGCUGGGUACAAGGAGGACCGCCACCGGGCGAGGGGCCCAAGCGUUCGUCGGGGCCCUGCCCGCUGUUCCGGAUGAGGACAUCCAGGUCCCAGGAGGGGGACGGGCCUUGGCAGGCUGCCUCCGCCAUCGACAAGCGGUCCGGGGAGAAGGUGGCCAUCAAGAAGCUGAGCCGGCCCUUCCAGUCUGAGAUCUUCGCCAAGCGGGCCUACCGGGAGCUGCUGCUGCUGAAACACAUGCAGCAUGAGAACGUCAUUGGGCUCCUGGAUGUCUUCACCCCUGCCUCCUCGCUGCGCAACUUCCAUGACUUCUACCUGGUGAUGCCCUUCAUGCAGACAGACCUGCAGAAGAUCAUAGGCAUGGAGUUCAGUGAGGACAAGAUCCAGUGCCUGGUGUACCAGAUGCUCAAAGGACUGAAGUACAUCCACUCAGCGGGGGUCGUCCACAGGGACCUGAAACCAGGCAACCUGGCCGUGAACGAGGACUGUGAGCUGAAGAUCCUGGACUUUGGGCUGGCGCGGCCUGCCGACACCGAGAUGACCGGCUAUGUGGUGACCCGCUGGUACCGGGCCCCUGAGGUGAUCCUCAGCUGGAUGCACUACAACCAAACCGUGGACAUCUGGUCUGUUGGCUGUAUCAUGGCGGAGAUGCUGACCGGGAAAACUCUGUUCAAGGGGAAAGACUACCUGGACCAGUUGACCCAGAUCCUGAAAGUGACCGGGGUGCCGGGCGCAGAGUUUGUGCAGAAGCUGAACGACAAAGCGGCCAAAUCCUACAUCCAGUCCCUGCCGCAGACCCCCAAGAAGGAUUUCACCCAGCUCUUCCCCAAGGCCAGCCCCCAGGCCAUAGACCUGCUGGAGAAGAUGCUGGAGCUAGACGUGGACAAGCGCCUGACAGCCUCGCAGGCCCUCACCCACCCCUUCUUCGAGCCCUUCCGGGAGCCUGAGGAGGAGACGGAGGCCCAGCAGCCCUUUGACGACGCCUUAGAACACGAGAAGCUCACGGUGGACGAGUGGAAGCAGCACAUCUACAAGGAGGUCGUGAACUUCAGUCCCAUUGCCCGGAAGGACUCACGGCGCCGGAGCGGCAUGAAGCUGUAGUGACCCCUCCAGUUGAGCCAGAGGAUGCUGCCUGAGGACCAGAAUCUAUUUGUCAGGCUGAACUGUGAACCCUUCUUGGAAUAUAGCCUUUCCACCAGAGCCCUCUUCUCAUGUAGGAAAGGGACCUAGCCGUUGCAGACUCCAAGGAUGUUGGUUGGGAGAAAAUAGCCCUGAUUGUAAUGGGCUUUGUUAAAACCCCUGUCUAGAGAAUUGUGCAAGGGUGGGGGCCUUUCCUUCCUGCUGUGGCGAGCUGAGAGGGUGACGAACCAGUCUGGGUCCAUGACACUGACGUGUGUGAGUCUCCUACAGCUGCUGUGACAGAUGACCCCCAAUGGAUGACUUAAUGCUUAGCUCUGGGGCUAGAGGUCUGAGGUCACACUGUCGACAGGGCCACGGUCCUCCGGAAGGCUCUGGGGAAGGAUCCUUCCUUGCAUCUUUUUAAGCUUCUGGUGAUGGUCGGCAGUUCUUGGUGCUCCCUGGCGUGUCACCACACCACUCCAGUCUCUGCGUGUGUGUCCACGUGGUCUUCUUGCCCCGACUGUCUUCUUUUAAGAACACCAGUCACCGGGUUGAGGGCCUGCCUCAAUCCGGUAUGAUCUCUUCCCGUUCUUACUAAUUACGCCCCUGAAGACUGUUUCCAAAUAAAGUCACGUUCUCAGGUU